ACAUAUAUUAAUACGAAUAUAUUUUAAUUAUGUCAUUGAAUAAAAAACUUAAAAUUGAAAAGAGUUUAUUGAACACCCUAUAUUUGGCAGAAAUUAUAUGUCAGCAUCGUCUUGCGUGGGGUAUGGCAAGUUCAUGUUUUAGCAAUGUGGAUGAAUAUGGUUUUGAAAGACCUCAUGAUUUUGACUAUGAAACUUAUGAAGAUUUUAUGUCAGAAUAUCUCAAAGUUCUUGCUAAAAGAGCAAAAAAAUGGUCUGAAAUCAUUGGAGAAGGAAAAUCAUUACAACGAAAUAUUACAAUAAAAAGAUAUGUUCGUAAAGGUAUACCAGGAGAACAUAGAGGAUUAGUAUGGUUAUCUGUUAGUGGAGGAGAAGAAUUAAAAAAUGUAGAUUCUGAUCUUUAUCAAAGGCUAUUACAACCUCCACAUAAUAAACAAGUUGCAGAUGUUAUAAAAACUGAUUUACCACGAACUUUUCCUGAUAAUAUAUUUUUUAAUAACACAGAAAAUCAACAAUAUCAAUUAUAUAAUAUUUUAUUAGCAUUUGCUCAUCAGAAUAAAACAGUAGGAUAUUGUCAGGGCUUAAAUUAUAUAGCAGGUUUAUUAUUACUUGUUACAAAAAGUGAAGAAACAGCAUUUUGGUUAUUAAAGAUUUUAAUAGAAAAAAUUUUACCUGAUUAUUAUACACCAACAAUGGAUGGCCUACUUACAGAUAUUGAUGUUCUUGCAGAAUUAGUCAAAAUAAAAAUGCCAGAUAUUUAUCAACAUGUAACAAAUAUAGGUUUACCUUGGGCAGUUAUUACAACGAAGUGGUUUGUGUGCUUAUUUGCAGAAGUAUUACCAAUUGAGACUACGCUGCGUAUAUGGGAUUGUCUUUUUUAUGAAGGCAGUAAAAUUAUAUUUCGUGUUGCAUUAACCCUGAUAAAAAGGAAUAAAUGCAACUUACUUGCUUGUCAAGAUUUUACAACAUUAGCAGAAUGCUUUAAAGAAAUAACAAAAGAUAGUAUUGUUUUAAAAUGUCAUGAUUUUAUGCAGAGUAUAUUUAAAGUACCUGGAUCACUGCCUGGUAGCACAAUUAUAAAACUAAGAACAAAAAUAUCACGACAACGUGCGGAACAAAAAGAAAAUAAAUUAGGACGAUAAUAUUAAUAAUGAGAUUUUAUCUAUUGAAAGAUUCUAGUCAAUAUAUUAUUUUAUUGUAAUUCCUAAAAAAACGAAUGUACUAUAUAAGAUUAUAAUGUUACAUCUACAGUAUUUUUUUCUGUAAAUAUAAAUUUAGUAUAAAAGUAAAAAAUUACACUAAUAAUUUAUUACAUUGAUUUAUAUUGAUUUAUAAAAUUUUUUAUACAUUUAUUAUUUACAAAAACGUACGAACUAAGUUUAUUAUAUAUAUACUAUAAAAUUUUAAUAUAUUUACUUAUUGUAUUAAAUUUAUACAUUAUAUUUUUAUUAGUAUAAUUUUUAAUUUAAUAUAAAUAUAUUAUAAAAUUAAAGGAAUCAUAAAUGUAUAAAUAAUUUUAUUACAUAUUAAAUAAAAUAUUUAAAAUCAUUAUAUUAUUAAAUAUAUACAUAAAAAUUUACUUGAAAUUAAGUUUAUAAAACUACAUAUAAUAAAUUUCAUGUACACUAUUUAUAUUCAUACAUUUAACUAUCAUUUUUCUAAUAAAUCUUUUGCUUCAUUAAUUUUUGCUGCAAUAUAUGGAGAUCCACCUCGAUCUGGAUGAUUCACAGCCAUGAUUUUUUUAAAUUGCUGUUUUACUUUCAUUUUACUUGCAGUUGGUGAAACAUCCAAGAUUAAACUAGCUUCACGUCGUGUCAUUUUAGGUUCAAAACCACCUUUAUAAUAUUUACUGUUUGCUAAAGUCUAUUAUGAUGUUUUCAUUAAUUCAUUAUAUAUGUACAUAUAUUUGUAUAAAUAUAAUAUAAUAUUUAAAUUUA